AUGGAAAGAAGAAAAUGAAAGAGGAAAAAGGUGGAGAAAUUGGAAGAGGAGAAAAAGAAAAUGCAAGAGGAAAGAAAAGAUGAGAAAAAAGGAGAAAAUGAAAGAGGAGGAGAAAGAAAUUAGAAAAGGAAAGGAGAAAAGAGAAGAAGGGAGAAAAGGAAGAGGAAAAAGAAAAAAGGGAAGAGGAGUAGAAGAAAGGUGGAGAAAAGGGAAGAUGAGUUAAGAAAGAAGAAAAUGGAAGAGGGGAGAAAAGUAAGGAGGAGAAAAUGGAAAAGGGAUAAAAAGGAGGAGAACAUGGAAAAGGAAAAAAGGAGAAGAAAAAAGAUGAGAAAAAGAAAGAAGAAAAGGAAUGAGGGGAGAAGGAAACCAGGGAAAAGGGAAGAGGAAAAAAGAAAGAAGAGGAAAGGGAAGAGGAGGAGAAGAAAUGAGGAGAAAAUAGAAGAUGAGAAAAGUAAGGAGGAAAAAAGAAAGAGGAAACAAUGGGGAGAAAAGGGAAGAGGAAAAAGAAAGGAGGAGGAAAGGGAAGAUGAGAAAAGUAAGGAGGAGAAAAUGGAAGGGAAAAAGGAGGAGAAAAAAGAUAUGGAAAAGAAAGAAGAAAGGGAAAAGGAGAAAAGGAAACAAAGAGAAAAUAGAAGGGGAGAAAAAGAAAUGGUGAGAAAAGGAAAGAAGGGAAAAGGGAAUAGGAGGAGAAGAAAGGAUGAGAAAAGUAAGGAUGAGAAAAAGAAAGGAGUAAAGGGAGGAGGGGGUUGAGAUGCGUUUUAAAAUCGUCAGCGUCCUGUCAUUACUUUCCCACCGCGCUCCGCACAUUUAUUUGGGGCUUUGAUUCGGCGUCGCAUAGGCUGCAUACCCCCUUUUUGCGCCACUGACAGUAUAAACAGCAUGUGUGAUGCAGUUCUGCUCAUGCCCAAAAAAUAAUCACUGCCCUCAGUUUUGUGUUUUACUUUGCUUCACUUACAUCUCAUAAAUUAGAAUAUCAUUAAAAAGUUUCUUUA